CAGCCAACAAGAAGUGGCGUCAUGCACGUCGUCCAUCUUGUCCAUACCUAAGAAAUAAAGUAGUUUUCACAUCUUUGUUAAGAUUGUUGUUGCAAUGACUGCAAAUCAGAUUAAAGGUAGCGGUUGGCCGCGAAGAGGAAGUCAAAAUGCAACUUUCGAUGCCAAAUAUGUCGCAAAUCAGUCGAUUACUAUCAACAGGACAAUUAAUCUGUACCCACUCACUAACUACACCUUUGGAACUAAGGAACCUUUAUUUGAGAAGGAUCCAUCAGUGCCUGCAAGGUUUCAAAGGAUGAGGGAUGAAUUUGAAAAGAUUGGAAUGCGAAGAAGUGUUGAAGGAGUUCUACUUGUACAUGAGCAUGGUUUACCACAUGUUUUGUUAUUACAACUUGGGACAACGUUCUUUAAAUUACCAGGAGGAGAAUUAAACCCAGGUGAAGAUGAAGUAGAAGGUCUGAAGAGGCUUCUAACAGAGACACUUGGCAGGCAAGAUGGUGUGAAGCAGGACUGGGUAAUAGAGGACACAAUAGGCAACUGGUGGAGGCCAAACUUCGAACCGCCACAGUAUCCUUAUGUCCCUCCUCACAUCACUAAGCCAAAAGAACACAAGCGGCUUUUUCUUGUCCAGUUGGCUGAGAAGGAUUGCCACAGUUGGAAGACAUCCUUUGUAUUUUUGAAAAACAAGUGCUGAUCCUCUGGAGAGCACUAAAUGUUAAACUCCUUCAUUUAUGAGGGGACACAACGGGAUUCAGAAUUAUAGUUGAGUCUGCGAGUAAUAUAUGUACUCAGCUGUUGUGUUGUUUGUAUUUACUAUUGAAAUUAGUCUGUAACAUAUUAUUGAGCAUAUUUAUCUCCAAAGAAUAGAACUAAACAAUAAAAUUUGUUUCAAACUAUCAUUUGUAAUGAAUUUAAGUUAUCCAUUUGUGGCAAUUCAUUAUAAGUUCCAUGUUGGAAUAUGGCUUUCAGUUUUAAGUGUGUCAUAUAUGUAAUAUUGUAGAACCUGACUAUAACACACACCUCUACUAUAUAUUUUUAAAAUACUUAAAAUGUGAUCCUGUUUGCUCUAUUGUGUGAAUGAAUGUGAAAGCUGUUAGCCAUGUUUUAUAAAUUCUUUAUGGAUUUUUGUUCAAUCUCUGUGAUUCUCACAAUAGUACGUGGCAUAUGUUGUCAGGCUGUGUAAACAUUAACUUUCAAUUGUUAGUUUCUUUUGAAUAUUUAGUAUAUAUACAUUAUGAUACUGUUCAUACUUUAACCUUGUUUUCCACCGUUACUCUUAUGCAUGCCCUUAUAACAUAUGUUAGCAAACUGUCUAUAAAUCUUUUGCCUGUUAUGACCAGGUUUUAUUUGUUGAAAUAAUUGUCUCGGUAAAAAGUUGUACAUUGACACUGUGGUAGCUUGACAUGUAAUGUGCAUCUCACACAUGUGAAAAUAUUUGUAGUCAUGCAGCAAUACCGAGAAUGUAAUCUGUGUUUUUACUUGCUCCUUAAUAUGAAACAUGUUUCUAUUAGUCAUCAUGUACAUACUGGGAACUAUAUAAAAGGAAGUGGUAUCUCGGUAAUUGUGCUUGUGAAAUCCACAUUGCUAUUAUUCCCUGUUUUGUGCACAUCUGAAGGAACAGUUAGGAUAUACUAAUGUAACAUCUCGUGUUUGUCAGUACACAAUCUUUUGUUAAUACACUGUAAUGUGUGUGGAAAAAAAACUUUAUUUUCAUGUUAAAUUUGAAAUAAAAGCUUCAGUUUGCGUUAGGGCCAUUAA